GCAACACCAAGAAUUGCAAAUGCAAACCUGAAGCCGAGCAUGGUGACGGCAUCGAGAAUGAGUGCAAACAAGACGUCAAAGCUCAAACACAAAAGAUGCCUGAGCUAGUAUCGGGCCACCUGCUCCCACGUGUGCAUCUUUUUCACACCUAGCCCUUCUCUUGCGGACCUUCUCGCCAUUCCCACCUUGGUACCGGCAACAUGCUGGGGACCGCACUCACAUGUUUGCUGGCCGCCGCGCCCGCCGGUGCGUUUACUGGCGUUACCGCGCGGAACCGUGCUAGCCUGCGGGCUUCGUCUUUUGCGGCGAAGGGGGCGAAGCUGCAAAGAAGUGUGGGUAAGAACUUGAUCCGAAAGAACAUCAAGAGAGCGAAAGGGACAACUCCCGUAGUGAAGGAAGUUUCCACGACCACUACGUUCAGUUCGCGUACUCGCCACGAGACCACUGAUGACAAGAAGACCUUGAGCGGCUCCAAAACAAGUUUUUUCGACACUAAGAUCUUCAAACCGCUCUUUUUCCUGGAAGAUCAUGGAAGUCAGGCGCGUAGGUCCUCGAAGAUCACCGAUUUUGACCCGAAAAGCGUGAAACUAACCUCCGCCCUCCCCGCCAGCGCCCUCGCCUCCACGCUAAGUGUCCUGCGCGACUUGCACCAGGAGGCGUUUGACGGGUCUUUCACUUCUGGGGUUGCCAUCGGGCUGAUAGUCUUCCUGAUUGUCUUCACCUCCGUUGCCUUUUUCCUGUGGCGUGAGUACGUGCGGAUUGGCCGAACCAGGCACGACCAGAAGGACCUGGACAACGCGUCGCUGACCGAAACCUGGUCGCCGGAUUUUCUGAUCACCGCCUUGGCGCACCAGAAACACACCAAGUGGCUCCACGAACUGUUCGAGAAGUCCGCGAAGAAAUGGCCGGACUCGCCCUGUUUCCGCGUCGCGGACUCGGCUUGGGAGACGACUCUGACUUUUCAGCAGAUGAACGCAAAAGCGGAGCUGAUCAAGCGCGUUCUGUUACAGGAAGAGUUCGUCACGGGCAAGGACCAAAUUGUCGCCGUGUUGCUCCCCCGCGAUUCCUACCACAUCUUCGCCUGCCAACUCGGGGUCUUGAAGUCCGGGGCGGCGGUUCUCUUCCUCGACGGCAAUCUUCCGGACGAAAUCUUGCAAACAAUGCUGCAGGAUUGUCAGCCGAGGAUCGUGCUGUGCGGGGAGCAGAGGGCGGAAUGGCAAGCGAGGCUGUUCCCCCGGAAGGGUGGUGCCGGGGGAGCCGGAAUGAUGAGCAAUGGUGUCGUGACCGCUGCCCCAGCUAGUACUGCUUUUUACGUUUGCCCGGUGCUGGACAUCGUGCAGAGGCUCGCGUACUACGAAGAUGAGGAAUUUCUGUUGCACAACACCGAGCACAGCCACGACCUGACGCAGCCCGAGUGGUUGGACGACCCGAAGGAGCGGCUGGCGACGGUGAUCUACAUAUCCUGAGUAAAAACGUCCCUACCCCAGAUUUGUCAUGCAGAUUUGCAAUGACAGGAAGAUUUGCAAUGCGCAUCUCCAUGAGCGUGAGAGGCAUUUCCAAUUGUGUUUUGGACUUUGUAAUGCUGUAAACAGGAUGAGAAGCUGGGUUUCUCAUGCGGCUGGCCUUGCUAAGCAGCACUACACUGCAGAUGGAAAUUUGUGAUGCACAACUGACAAAACUUGGAGAUUUGUGUUGCAGCCUUCCCAUCUUGACUCUGGGGUGGAGCGUUUUUACUCAGGAAACUACACCUCGGGAUCGACGGGGAAGCCGAAGGCAGUUUUGUCCACCCACAAAGGGUACGUGCAGUCCCUCUUGAACGCCGGGGAUACUUUUUCCUUACUGAACGACUACGACAUCGGCAGCACUUCCUCCUCGCUCUCCUACGAUUCUAGCAUCGACGAGAUGUACAUUCCGUGGCUAUCUGGCUGUCUCGUGGUUUGCCUGCUAGACGCGCAGAUCCGUUCCGGGCCGGACAUGGUCGGGGUGAUUAAGCGAGAACAAAUUACUAGCAUUUUUCCCGUGCCCUCUCUCCUCCCUACCAUUUCCGCCUACCCGAUGCGAGACCUACCGCUGCCACUAUUACGCCACGUGUACUGCGGGGGCGAGGCCUUGCGGGAGGACAUUGUCCAACCCUGGACCGCCGGUGGACGACGACUCGUCAACGGCUACGGGCCGACCGAGGCCUCGAUUUGCGUGCUCUCCGGGGACGUUUACUACAACGCGGAGCACGGGGGCUGCAGCAUCGGCACCCCGCACGCGGGCACGACCGCCGUGAUCCUCGGCGUCGACUUCCAACAACCGCUCCCCCACGGGGAGACGGGCGAAUUGUGCGUCGGCGGCCUGCAACUCGCGAAGGGGUACUUGAACCGCCCAGACUUGACCGCGGAAAAAUUUAUCGAGCAUUCGGUGUACGGGCGGUUGUAUCGCACCGGGGAUCUGUGCAAGAUCGACGCGAAGACGAAGGAAGUGCACUUUCUCGGCCGGAUCGACCACCAGGUGAAGAUCCGGGGGCACCUAUCAAAAUGAAAAAUGCUCCCUCCCUGGAAUUUGCAAAAGUUUUUCAUGCAAAGUUUCCAAAUGAAAGCUUUUUGUCUUGCAUGAAAGGACUACGAGCCUUUCUGACGCAGAAUCUAGGGGUGCAAGGUAUCUUUUGCAUAACACGCCCGCCUGCUGUUGGGCUCCUUUGCAACACAAGUUUGGGCUAUUCAGCAUGGAAGAUUUGUGAUACUGGGAUAUGCAAGACGGGGAAUGUUUCCAUUGGAAAGGUUUGCAAUGCAAAUGCUGCCAAGUUCUGGGCUGGGGGCAUUUUUCAUUGUAAUAACACCGGAUCGAACUCCAAUCCGUGGAGGCGGGGCUGAUGAAGACGGUGCAAGAAAUUGUCGAGGAUGAAGAAGGUAAAGAUAAAGACAACGUCGUGAAGAAAUAUUUAUCCGAUAUCGAGAUCGUGUCCGCAACCGUGGAGAAGCAGGGCAACGGACUGGUUGGCUUCCUCCAGGUGCCGCAGUUGUUCGAGCGGAUGGAAAAUCUGACCGCGAUCAGCGUGGAAACGAGCGCCAAGCCGGUGUUGAUGAACCCCACGACGGUGUCGACGGUCACCUGGUCGGAGAGAAAUCUCCGGUUGGCGAACGUCGAGGUGACGAAAAUUCUGCAGGCGAAAAUCGCGGAGUACGUUCCGAAAAUUAUCCUGAGUAAAAACGUACCCACACCAGAGUAAAGAUGGGGAUUUUGCAACACAAACCUAGGAGUUUUGGGAGUUACGCAUGACAAGUUUCAGUCCGUAAGGUAGUGCAAGUUAGCAAGGAAAGCCGCAUCACAAAUCGACCUGCUGAUCCUGUUCACAGCAUCACAAAUUCCAAAACACGAUUGGAAAUGGUUCUCAUGGGGAUGCGCAUCACAAAUGUCUUUGUCAUUGCAAAUCUGCAUUACAACUCUGGGGUGGGUACGUUUUUACUCAGGAUAAAAAUGGCGAUUCCGGGGUGCUUCGGUUUGCUCGAGGACGUGCCGCGGCUGCCAAGCUCCGGGAAGCUGAACCGAAAGGCGCUGCCGGACCUGUCCGCGGAAAGCUUGCUGGCGCAACCGCUGGAUGACGAGGAGGGCGGAGGUUUCGGGACUGGUAAUUUGAAGAGCGUUCUUACGGAUGUGCUGUCGGAGGGACCAGUCACGGAAUUGGACAGCGAAGUUUUGCUACUCUGCCAGGAAACUUUGAAGCCAAGGUAGAAGUGGAAAGUUUGUGCCGUGGUGCGAAAUAAUACCGUAAGAGUGAGCUUUAGCCUAGGAGUUCAAUUGUGAAACAUGCUGAUGUUCCACGUAACAUAACUAUCGAAACAAGCAAAGACCAAAGAAAUAUUUGCAAAAUUGAAUUCCACAUCAUCAUUAAAACAGAACCGUACAGUGGCGCAGCCAUUUUGUGAAAGAUCUCGGCGGUGACUCUCUCACUAUCGCCGGUCUCGCCACCAAGCUUCGGGGCCACGGCUUCCACGGCGUCGCCGUGCGUGACCUGUUGACCGAGGUUGCCAGCACGCCCGCGGCCUUGGCGAAGAAAAUCGCGAAGGACCGACAGAACUCGAUCAAGAAAUCGGAUUCUGCGGACAGCAACAAAAGCAGCUCGUUUUUGAAGCAAAAGAUGGCUUCGGUCGGGGAAACGGAAACGCUGGUCAGCACGACCACCGCCGGCAGCAGCUCCGCGGAGAGCAUCACGUCGGUGCGGACACGAGCGCAGUCGGAAUUGGACAACGCAAAGGCGGUCUACUACUCUUCCGACAACUACAUUGCGACGCACAUCUUCCCGCAGGGCUUCGACAUUUCGAGCAGCAUGGGCCCCUCCGUGUUCACGAUUCUCCAAGCCGCCACCCUGUUCGUCGCGGGCGGGGGGCAGGUGGUGUUCGGGAUUCUGCUCGUCUUGGCGACCUACGGGUUUGAAGAAUCUUCUUCCUCUGCGUCAUCAGGAGCUUCUGCAAGAACUUCAGAAGAUUUAGUCGCGUCCAUCACUGCAAUGGCUACGGACCCAAUCGAAGCGAUGAAGUACGUUUUGAUCUUCUCCUCCGGGAUGCUUCUCGUCGCGAUCCUGUUCGUUCUCGAGUCCGUGGCCUGCCACCAUGUGCUCCGCUUGCUCGAGAAGUGCUUGUUGCCGCCCUGCCGCGGUUAUGCAUUGCAAAAGUAUCGUACUCGUAUAAAUGCAUCACAAACUUCCUCAGCGUGACAGAUAAAAUUUGUAAUGCUGAUUUAUCUUAAGACAAAGAUUUGUUUUGCAUGAUUGCAAUACGAGUACGAUACUUUUGCACAGGAUAGCGGUCCGCAGAACGUGGCACGGUUUGAAAAAUUCAGUUUCCGCCACUACCUUAUGCAUUGCAAAAGUGAUGUCUGGGUCUGGAAGAAAGCAAACUUGUGAUGCGCAUUUCACAACACAUAAAAAUCUGUCGUGCAGAGGCAGCACAAGCUGCCCACUUUCUGUUACCAGAAUGUGGGAUUUGUCAUGCGGAUUCGGCAUUGCGGAAGCUUCUCGAAGUCUGUGAUGCUAGAGCUUCCAUGCCAGACCUUCUGUGUUAUGCAAAAGCAGCAUGACUCCUCCAGACCCAGACAUGUUUGCAGUUGAUAUACCUGUUGUGGACGCGGGGGCGACUCGAAGCCAUCUGGGUCGGGUUUCUCCGCCUCUGCGCGGUCGUUGUCCACGCGGACUGGGUCGGCGAGGGGCUGAAGCUGUACGGCGCGGACGUCGGGGAGAAUUGUUGGUUUGGCGGCCAGUGGUAUCAACUGUAAAAAUAAAUGUCUGGGUCUGGAAGAUCGUGACACUUGUCAUGCACGUUUUGCAUGAGCUUGAGCCAUGAUGUCUGUGAUGCAUACCCUAGCAAUACAGAUUUUUUGAGGGCUUCUUGAUGCCUAUUCCGCGUGACAAAUGCCUUCUCAGCGUAGCAAAAACUGCACUCCCUUUGCUACUCAUGCAAUACAGAUCUUUUUGGAAUCCAAAUGCAGCAUCACAAGUUGCAUUCUUCCAGACCCAGACAUUUUUGCAUUUGAUAAGUGGAAAUUCAACGGGGAGCUGAAGCGGGUGAAAAUCGGCGACAACGUGAUCAUCCGCGACGCGGUGGUCUGUAUUAAAAUGAAAAAUGUCCCCACCCCCAGCUUGGCAGCAUUUGUAUUGUAAACAGUUCCAACAGAAACAUUCCCCGUCUUGCAUAUACCAGCAUCACAAAUUUUCCAUGCUGAAUCAAUGAAUAGGUCAAAUUUGUGUUGCGAAGUAGCCCAACAGCAGCGGGAUCUGUUAUGCACAAGGCACCUUGCGCACCCAGAUUCUGUAUGAGAAAUACUCGCAAUCCUUUUAUGCAAGACAAAAACCUUUCAUUGAUUUGGAAACUUUGCAUGACAAACUUCUGCAAAUUCCGGGGUGGGGGCAUUUUUCAUCGUCAUAGUUUGUACGGUGUCUUUUGACCUGGAGAAUAUUACUUUGGCCGAUGUCUCCAUCGGCCACGGGGCGAAGCUCGGCGGGAGCUGCUUCGUCGGCCCGGGGAGCAUCGUGGAAAACGGGGCAGUUUUGGAGCCGCUGGCGGCGUUGCAGCAAGAACACCAGUUGGACGAGCAGCUGAAGGUUCUCAACCUGCACGAAGAGCAGCGGAAACUCGACCGGAAUAAAGCGAUGCUGUUGACUAGCACAACUUCGAACUCUAAAACCCCGAGCUUCAGUAUUCACACGACCAGCAGCGACGAGCGGGAUAACGACUCCGGCACGACGUCGUCCUCCGAUAACAACUAUCAAUCGCAAAAACGUCUGGGUCUGGCAGGUUGCAACUUGUCAUGCUGUUCUUGGAUCCUAAAAAAAUUUGUAUUGCGUCACUAGCAAGAGGAGCCCAGUUUCUGCUACACGGAGAGGGCAUUUAUCAUGCGGAUUAGGCAUAAGUAAGCCCUCUAAAAAUCUGCGGUGCUAGGUCAUGCAUCACAGGGGUCAUGGGUCAUACAAAACAUGCAUGACAAGCCUGGGAAUCUUCCAGACCCAGACAUAUUUGCAUUCCAUAACAACGACGGAGCAGAACUACAGAUCGUGAAGCAGAACGAGGUGUGGGAGGGUGUCCCCGCCGUGUCCGCCGGCCGGGAGCGGGCGAUGCCGAAGAAGGUGCUGGGGGCGCAAAUCACGAAGGACAGCUGGGAUAUCGGGUACUGCUUCGUGGUGGAAACGGGCAUCGGAAUUGUCUACGUGCUCUUACUGCAAUUCUACUACUUGAUCGUCUUUUCCCUCGCCUACCACUUCGCGACAACGCUGGUAAUAGCCAUGCACACGGAGGCGACCGGCUGCAUGCUGAGAACGUUGGCGUUCCUCUACGGAACGACAUCAUCGGCCGCUGCAACUGCGUCGACUAGUACAGUAGGAGCUGCUUCUUUUUUCACGCUGUUUGGGCAAGUGGUCCUCUUCAUGUGCUAUCUGAACACGAUCUUCGCUUGCGCGAGUUGGGUCGAGAACUUGACCUACUGUCUCUUCCUCCGAUUUUUGCCGAGAAUCCCGCCGGGCUCGUACGAGAACAGCACGAUCGUCGCGGGGUUGAUCCGCAAAAAGAUCUUCUUUCUAAACCGCAUCCAGAAGUUUUGUGGUUCCAAAGCGCUGAAGCCGUAUUUUCUCGAGCUUGCCGGGGUCAUUUUCGACGGCGGGUGUGGGUGCAACGAACUCGCGAACAUGCACGACGUGAUGCCCGACGUCACGUUAGUCGGGGCGAACAGCUUCUGGGCGGGCGGGGGAUUCUCGCAUCAGAUGGACUACGAGCAAGUGCAGGUGAUUGGCAAGAAUGGGAAGCUGGAAACGAGGUUGUACCUAACGCUCCAACGGUGCCGGUUCCCGCAAAACUUCUUCGUCGGCAAUCACGCCAUCAUCCUUCCUGGAAACCAUGCGACGAACACGCUUAUCGGGGUGCGCACGGUGGCUAUCAAAUGCAAAUAUGUCUGGGUCUGGGAGAAUGCAAACUUCUCAUGCAUAUUUUCCAUGCCCCAUGAGGUUUGCAAUGCAGGACCUAGCAUGACAGGUUCUGCGAAGUCCCUAUCAUGCCUAUCCUGCAUGACAAACUACCUCUAAACGUGUUCAAAACUCGACAGCUUUUGGUAGUCAUGCAACACGAAAUUGUUUUGACGAUCCAGACUUAGCAUGACAAGUCCGCAUCCUCCCAGACCCAGACAUAUUUGCAGUCCAUAGUGGCUUACGGGAACCAAAACGUGCGGCGCAUGAACGCCCGAUUGGACGUGCCGAAGACCUUCUUUGGCAUUCCGCCGAUAAUGCUCGGGUCGGAGCGGCAGCAGGGGCAAUAUGCGAAGUCGGCCGAAGAUGAUACAGCAGAUCCUAGCAUGAGAACUUCUGGUGGUAUGAAUAAACUCAUUCCGAAUGGGGAUCAUGCUUCUGGCGCCAGGAAUCUGCAGCAGCCGGAAGUUGUUGGGACUACUACUAGUAACAAUAACCACGUUGAUUUCAAGGACGAGAAGGUCCUAUUCGAGCCGACCUUCUUCGAGUACUUCCACCGGUUCCUGAUUUACGACGGCCUGGCCACCUGGACGCACGUGGUGCCGAUCGCUUUGGCGUUGAUCGCUUUUGACUUGGCGUACCACGUCAGCUACGACAGUUCGGUUCUGGCCAUGGUCAGUAACCAAGCUCCUGCAACGUCGAAAAGCGGCGCGAUUUUUACGAUUGCCGCUAUCCCGCCGCAGCUCGCGUUGCUCUUCUUGCUGUUAGCUGUCUCGACUUUCACUUUGACUUUACUCCUCCCUUUCCUCUAUUUCGUGUUGAAGGCAGUUAUGUUGGGCCGCACGCCGAUCGGGUCGUUUCCGUUGUGGGACUUGUAUGUGCAGCGUCACUUCUUCUGUUGGCACGUGGCGCAGGUGUGGCUGGACCCGUUCAUGGCGCCGUUUGAGGGGACGCUGCUGCAGAACGUGGUCUACCGGAUGCUGGGGAGCAAAAUUGGGAAGAACACGCUUUUCGUGAACGGGUUCGGGACCAUGGACUUCGACGGCGUGGAUGUGGGGGACAAUUGCGUCCUAGCCAUGCCUAUGGAUUGCAAAUAUGUCUGGGUCUGGAAAGUUGCAAGAUUUGUCAUGCAUCUCGCGGACCACACUCUUGGUCUGCAAUGCAGACAGAAGCAUCACAGAUUUUGUGAGACCUUCUUCAUGCGUCUUCCGCAUGAGAAAUUAUUCUCCUUUUGCCUAGCGAGAAUUGGGUAACUAUUGGCGUUUAUGCAACAGAGACUUUCUCGUGAUCCAGCUUUCGCAUGACAGGCUUCAUUCUAUUCCAGACCCAGACAUAUUUGCAAUGCAUAAUGCCGCACUGGCAAAUUCACACGUUCGAGGACCGGAUUUUCUGGGCGCAACCGACGAUAUGGAUUGUAAAAAUGUCUGGGUCUGGAAACUUGUGACGCUGGGUGGCGUAUCAUGAAGAGGCCACAAGUGCCGGCUCAGCAUGACAAGCUUUUGAGCUUCUAGGUGUUGCCUAUUCUGCAUGGCAGACUGCGCUUCUGCAUGACAGCAAAAUGGGGCUCUUGGGUAACGUGCAUGACAGAUCUAAGAGUCAUGCCAGACAAGCAUGACAAGCAUGCACUCUUCCAGACCCAGACACUUUUGCAUUUGAUAGACGAGGUUGGGAGACAACUGCGUGAUCCAUCCGAACUGCACCAUCAUGGGCGGCGCAGAAUUGGGCGACAACUUGGAACUGAUGCCGGGCUCCGUCGUGAUGAAGACCGAAAAACUGGAAGGGGGGCAGAAGUAUGCCGGGUCGCCGGUUCAACCCUACAUGGUGGCCGCGUGA